AAAAUAGAAAAAAUAAAAUGUCUGUUUUUGGACUUAUUAUAGCUGGUAGAUUGGUUCAGACUGAUUUUACUGCUCUUAAAGAAAUGGAAUAUAUGAUUGAAAUACAGGAUGCUGAAAGCAUUAACCACCUUGUAAUCUUCCUUACCGGACUUUCACCUCUUCCAGUCAAUUAUGGAGGAUCUAUUUACAUGAGUUGGACACCAAUUGACGGAGGGGAAAGGCAAUGGAAUUAUCUUGGAUUUAUUAGCAAUGAGAAACCUAGCGCUUUAUUUAAAAUUGGACAGCUAACUAAACAUACACAACAACAAAACCCUCAAAAUUUUUCUUUUAAUGCUUCCAAUAUGAAUACAAACAUUUUCAAUAAUUCAGCAGUUCAUAGUGCAUUAAUAGGCGUUAAAGUUGAACCAAUGAUUGAAAUUUUGAGAAGAAAUGAAAAUGAAACAACUUCAACUAGUGAACAAUUAUCUUCCCUAGCUCUCUUCCCAGAGAAAAUGUUGCGCAACUUUGUCAAUUUUAUGCAUUCUUUUGCCGUCUCCUUUCCUAAACCCAACACUACCCAAUAUGAGGAAUACGUUCCUGCUAAAAGUGUAACUGAAUGGUAUACUAAUUUUAAAAGAAGGCUUGAAGCAAAUCCGAAUUUUUGGAAAACAUUGCCUUGAAAUUCAAAAUUAUGCGACAUUUGCGAACCAAAAUUUGAGGACAACCACGGGGGUUUGUUCUGAUUAUAGGAAUAAUUGUGGGGUAUUUUAAAGAAAGUCCCACUAUUUGGGGUAUCAUUUUG